ACGGGCAGCAGGCACACUAGUUUUUAAUGUAUUUGUUCAGUUUCAUAUAACGUACACUAUCUAAGCUUAUCUGAAGUUAUCAAUAAACGGGGGCUGUUUCUCACUUGAUGGGCUAACUAGGUACAGCUAAUCCGGUGCAGCAACCAGUGCCCCAUUUACCAGUGGAAAGUUGUGUUUUAUUGAUUGAUUGAUGUAGGGAAUAGGGAAAACCAGGAGGUUUUUUUUAGUUGCAUCAAUGUUGCAGUUCAAAACGCAGCGAAAUUUUGGUUACGUUGAUAAUUGCCUUGCUUAAUUCGCCUAUUCGUUAAUAACAAGUUUUUUUGUCACGUCAUCAUUUCUCUUAACUAUGUAGUUUCUAUUCGUCAUGGACGUCUGAGAAAGACUGAAAAAUAAAGAGCUGUAUAUCAAUGAGACGUCUGGCGACAAGAAUUAUAUCUAAUCACUUAAAAAAAGAUCGCCUGGUGACAUUCCCCGGUGACAUUCUAAGUCACUGUAAGUCUUUUGGUUGGCGUAGAUUCCAGAAUCCCAGGUCUAAGGAAGCUUAUAACCAUAAUGAUAAUCAAAUUAGCAAUACAUAUCCUCAUUGGUAACUUGAGAAAGUCAAAUAAUGGAUGAUAUCUGAGAAGUUGCCCUAAAAUUAAUCUUGAUGACAUGAAGACGGGACGAUGAAACAGGGAUAAAACACUAAAUCACGAACAUCAAAUACGACAAUUAUUUCCUUAAUCGACUUAUGAGACUUUUGUUUACGUAGAAAAUCGAUAUGACAAUCACGGAGGCCAUAAAAAUUCUCAGGUCACUGGGUCAAGCGUGAUUGUGGCGUCAAAUGAGAUAUAUAUUCCCUAUAUAGGUUACUGAUGAUCUUUAAAUAGCAAGCUUACAAACAGCGCCACACACAUUUGUUGUUUAUAAAAACCUGUUUUACUUCGCCCGAUGAAAAUUGAAAACGACCUCUUCAAACGUCUAUCAUCUCUAACGUGAUGGAGUUGAUUGGUUUAUGAGCUCGAUCGUUGUUUGGACGCUUUUAAGAAUGCAGCCCACAUGCACAGUGAAACAUUGGCGAUAAAAUGCGCGCCCAGAUAAGAGGAUCUUCUUGUGAUAACAGCUCAGCAAAGACGAAAUCUAAGACAUGAGCCGCGUUUUCUUACUUACGCAUUACACGCCCCUGGCAGCAGAGAUGUCAGCCGCUCGCAGCGUCGAAGAAAGCACCGCCGCUGCGGACGAGGACAACCAGGGUGAAAUUUACGAGGUCGAAGUGUUUAAAUCGCAAAUCGUGAGCGUGGCGUCAUGUGGCUUCAAAGAGGAAAAAGGAACUGUGGAGAAUAUUCGUUACAAAAGCUGUGGAGAUCCUGCAGGGGAUGUACAAGCGAAUGGUGCGCCGAACUCGAGUCGCGAGGAAAAUGAAGGGGAAAAGGUCUUAGUUUCCACCGGCAGCACAGAGCAUAAAACCAGGCGAUUCAAACGAAUUUCACUGCCACAGUGGCUUCUUAAGCCAAGCAGAAAAGCUUCUCAUAAUUCAUCUCGUGUACGAAGAAUAAGCGGUGCUGGAAAACAUAGAAUUCUGCGUAUUAAUUCAGCACCCAAAACUCUAGGAAGCGGAAAUAACUUCGCCCAUCACAGCAAUGAUGAUAAAUUUCACAUUUUCCACAAGACCUCUUCGAAAGAGAGAGUGCAGCACGGCGGCCAGGCAGAUUUAAAACCGGCCAAAGAAUCAAGAAAAAUAAGAAGAAUUUCGUUACCAGCCCAUGUUUUGGAAGUGGGGUCAAUAGAGACACCAAUGUCUCGCACACCCGAGCUACCCAGACGGAAAAUCUUUGAUGAAUUAGGUGAAAAAUUUAUUCAGUCUUUGAGCAUCAAUGAGCCACAGUUUACAAAUAAAUCAAUUCCAAAACAAGGGGGAUCUAGCGACGAAAGCCCAACUGAAAAUGGUUCUUCGGUGACCGCGCUUGAUCAAGAGGGGAAGCUGUCGCCCACGCGUGGAAUGCGCGAGACCUCCGUACAGGUUAAGAAUGCGCGGAAAGAAAGCUCCGGAUCGCCGACUUCUAAACUGGCGCGCCCCGUGCUUAAAUUGCACAAGUUUCACAACCCGGACAUAUUUUACGUUCCUCUGCCGGAGGAUGAUUCGCAGAGUUUGAAUGCAUUACCCCACAAAGUAUGCCGCGCUAGACUGAUUGAACCAAACAGCGAGAACUACAUGAUUCAAGAGUGCGUCAGAGAGGAACUUCAUGCAUUUUUACACGAUAAACAAUUCUGCAGUCGAUCUUGCCAACGAUGGUGCUUGGAUCUGAGCCAAAAUAUUAAAACCUGCGUGCAUAGGAUGAAGGACUGCGAGAGCAAGAUCGCCUGUGUGGUAUAUAUCGGUGCGUUGCGUGGCCAUGGUGUUCACGCGGCGGCCCAAUGCAUAUGGACGCCAAAUGACGAUAAUUUUAUUACAGUCAAUUAUAAAAAUCGUUCCAUGAUGGCUGUAGCAUCGGUUUUAGCGAUUAAAUAUGUCUGAUUAUCUCUUUCAGCAACCCACAGUCGCUGACACCGACUGAGGUGUGCCGUAAUCUAGACAAAACUUCAGAGGUAGCAAGCUGCUUGAAACGGCUGAAAAAAGCGGAAUAUAACGUUGGUCAAGUCCAUUUUGCUGACCUUUACAGAUCUAAUGAUCACUACCAAAUACCUAAAAGUUCACUUUAAUGGAACUGCAAGAUAUUUAGAAUGGAGCUAAGGUCAUAUUUUUCAAGGCUAACGCUCUAAAUAGUCUAGUAAAGCGAUGUUGUUUACAAUAAUUAUUUGAGCUCAAUUUCAGAACCUUUUCAUAAUCAAAAUAAAUUAAACAGUUUUCAUUUCCACUUAAAAUUGUUUUCAGUACCGUAAUUGUAGAAGAUCAAUUUUCGGGGCUAAAUAGCGGCCUUGCAGUUUAAUUGAAGUAUUAUUUCCAGUGAUCAAUGUCAUAUGGUAUUAAUUUUGAAACAAAAAUACAAAUGAAAUUCCGUACUGACACAUAAGAACCUUCAGAAAGAAACAAAUUUAUCCCGUUUGAGUGGCGACAAAAGUCCGUUGUGUUUCGUGAACAAAUUACGAAAAUAGCAAUCUACCCGAAACAACUGCGCACGGAAGGUAACGAAACUCACACGGGCAUACGACAAAACAGUCCUACUGAUAGGAUGUGUUCCAAAGAAAAGAAAAAACUUUUUGUGCUCGUCAUUUUUAGGACUCCUUUUUUUCAAAGACCGAAAAAGUUAUAGAUCGGUAAGAAACGUACCAAAAACUUUAGUUACCCUUAAGGAGAGCUCCCCCACCCCCCCCGCCUUGCCCAGAAAGAGGUCUGGGACGCUACCUUGCGAACUUUACAGUAAGUAAUUGGCACUAUUCAUGAAGCGGAUCAGUCAAGGUUCUCUCUGCCAUUUUCGAAGAGGGACAUAACAGGAACUAAACUUAUUUCUUGGGAAUUCGAUAUUAAGUGAUUUCCGUAAGAAUCAAAAUACAGUUGAACCCUCUAUCUCGAACUCUUCAGGGAAACGAAAAAUAAUUGGAGAUGAGCUGAUGGUAAGUGACGGAGAAACUAUAUCAAAGGCAAGAUGAUUUCUGUUGGAGAAAGUGGGAAGUGGAGAGUUCGAGAUUAACCGAGAUAGCGAGCUUGUACUGUUUGGUGUCAAUCUCUACUAGUUAGUGUCCGAAAGGAAACAGGCUUUCUAUAGUUCUAAUUUUUCUCCUAGGCACUGUAGGGUCUAUUUCAUUGCUUUGUGUUUUAAUAGGUAAAAA